ACGACCCAAAACAGCUCCGUUCGCGCGUUAAAUUCGCCGGUCACCUUCUCACCUCCCACCGUAUGGUCUUCACCGCUUUAACCGGUUACCCCAUCGACUCCGACGAUUCACCGUCAUAGAGUCAAAUGUUACGAAUUUCAACCUCGAAAUAGUUAUCACACCGCUGAGGAAACUUUCACGCGCCGCCGCCGCCGCAAUCCGCGUUUCAUACGAAUCUCGCAGGUAGGUUGAUGGACCAGUCUGGCGGCGGAGGAGAAGAAAAAACAGUAGCCGCGCCGGAGAAGGCGGAGGCGGAGCCGAAGGGUUCGGGGCAGGACUCGGAUCGGGUUCUGAAUCCGGAUUCAGUCGGUGAAGCGGGGCCGCUUCUCGACGAUUCGAGGGCUUUAGAGGAGAACUAUAAAGAGAUUGAGAGGGGAAAGUCGGCGAACGGUUUGAAUAGAUCGAAGAAGUCGGUGAGGUGGAGCCAAGAAUUGGUGACGGAAUCUCCGAUACCGCGGACGAUGUCUUCCGACGACCUCCGUUCAAAUCCUUAUGUCGGUUAUUCUUCAGCUUCUGGAAAUGAUAAUCCAUCUUCAUCCAAUUUCAAAAAUACAAUGGAUAAUGUUAAAGAUGUCUUGGGAAGAUGGAGGAAGAAGGUAGGAGAAGCAACGAAGAAGGCUGAGGAUCUUGCAGGGAACACAUGGCAGCACCUGAAAACUGGGCCUAGUUUUGCUGAUGCUGCUUUGGGGAGACUUGCACAAGGGACAAAAGUUUUAGCUGAAGGUGGAUAUGAGAAAAUAUUUCGUCAAACAUUUGAGACGGUUCCCGAGGAGCAACUUCAGGAUUCAUUUGCUUGUUACUUAUCAACAUCAGCUGGUCCAGUUAUGGGGGUUUUGUAUGUCUCUUCUGCAAAGCUUGCAUUUUGUAGUGAUAAUCCUCUUUCAUACAAAGCCGGUGAUAAGACAGAAUGGAGCUAUUAUAAGGUAGUUAUCCCUUUGCAUCAGUUAAAGGCUGUUAAUCCUUCAUCAAGCAGAACGAAUCCUUCAGAAAAAUAUAUCCAGGUCAUAUCAGUGGACACCCAUGAGUUUUGGUUCAUGGGCUUUCUCAACUACAACGGGUCAGUUCAGUGCUUGCAAGAUGCUUUGGAAGCGCACAACUUGCAAUCCGUGUGAUGAAUCAACCCAUCCUACAAAAGCGCGAUUCUGCAAACCCGGUUAUCAUGCCAGGUUGAUUUUUUUGUUGUCAUAUAAGAUCUGUGAAGUUUAAAGAAGAAAUAAUAAAACAUACAUGCCUUUCUAAAUUGAAGUAAAAUAUAGGAUCAUCUGCUGGUGUUAUUAGAGAAGUAAAGUUGGAUUCUCUAUUAUUGCUCUGAACUGUGAUAGGCUGAUAAUUGAAUGAGCAUUUUGCAGUC